AUGGAAACUGAACUUUUAACACACAACCUUCAGAAUCUUUGCAAGGAAGUUUCUUGUUCAAAGUGCCAGGCUCUUAAUACUGAACCUAAAAUGCUGCCAUGUUUACACAGUUUUUGCCUGAAUUGCUUAGAGCAGGUUCUGCGAUCAAGUGGCCGCCCUGAUACCUUUACAUGUCCCGAUCCUGAGUGCAAAACAGAAAUUAGUGUUCCUAGCAGUGGAGAUCUUAAAGAGCUGCCCACUAACUUCCGCCUUGUAAACCUGCUAGAUGUCGUGGCCAUUAAAGAACACGAUAGCAGAGGAGUGAAAUGUGGAAACUGCGACAAAACAAGCACCCAAAGUUUGUACUGUUUUCAAUGCUGCGCAUUCUGGUGUAACGCGUGUAUCACCGGGCAUAACAUUAUUCGGGCUAACAAAGAACAUCGCGUAAUGGCUCCUCACGACUUUCAAGAACAUGAUUUUGAGAAUGUUCUAAGGAGACCUGCCUUUUGCCAAAUAAAGGACCACAAAGCAGAAGAGUUAAAGUUCUUUUGCAAGAAAUGCGAAGUUGCCAUUUGCCAAACUUGCAUAGUAGCACUACAUGACGGCCAUCCCAAAGUACAUUUGGAGGAGACUGCAAACGAACUAAAGUCGAAUGUCAUGUCUGAAAUUGAAUCCUACAGGGAAAGCAUAGAGAAGAAUAUGACUGACAUAGCAAAAAUUGAAGAGGAUUGUGAUAGGAUUGACAUUCAUUUCCAUAAAUUAAAGAGAAGAGUGGAGCAGUUUGUCGAUGACACAAUCGCUGUCCUUGAAAAGAAGAAACAGAAAAUCAUUGCCGACUUAGAAAAGGAAGCGGCAUUGUCAACUCAAAGGCUUGAGCAUGAUAAAAACGAGAUUGAAAGCCAAGUGAACACAAAACGUUUAGCACUUAUCAAAACUGAAAAUCUUUUGAAACGAAACCCAAACGCAGACAUAUUACAACAAUACAGUGUUUUUGAGAAAUUGCUGCAAAGGGAAUUUCGUCAUGACAACUCCGUUGCUCCUGGCAAUGUACGAUUUUGCGAGAUAAAUUUCAAAGGAAAUCAAAACCUAUUCAACAAUGUGAAAGAUGAAGAAAUCGGUUCCCUUGAAAGCAAACAAACAGCAUCAGUCUCCGGCUCUGUUGAAACUCCAAAUGCACUCAGAACAAGUCACGUCGAGUACGAGCAAUCCCAACAGCAACGCGAUAAAGAGCAAGAUGAUUCUGGUACUUGCCAAGGUAAUGAUGGUGUGACGAAGGUUCCCGUGGCUCAAGAUCCCAACGACGUUCGCUUUAAAAUCAGCGAUUUUGUUGCAAAGACCAGUGAAGGGUUGGCAGCUGUAAAUAGAGAACCUCUUCCUCACCGUCUAUUCGCUGCUCACUUAAAUCCCGGCCAUUUUGAACCAGUUUUAUCUUUUGGAGAAGAAGGUUCUUCUGACGGAAUGAUUAACUUCCCGUGGGGUGUAGCAGUUAACGAACGCGAUGAAAUAGCAAUCACCGAUCAUGGACGCCAUGGGGCCGAGCGGGUUCAGAUAUUCACCAGCGAUGGCACACACUUAAGAUCUUUUGGCGCGAAGGGUGCCAAACAGGGAGAAUUUAAUUAUCCCACAGGCAUAAUAUUUGAUAAGAACAGAAACAUUAUAGUUGCAGACAAUGGUAACCAUCGUGUUCAGUUGUUCAGUGAGCAGGGUGAGUACCUGAGUCAGUUUGGUGAGAAAGGAAGUCUCGUACGUCAGCUUAAAAAUCCGCUUGGUUUAUCUUCAGAUGAUGACAAUAUCAUCGUCACUGAUAACACAAACAAACUAGUUAAGAUAUUUUCUAACAAUGGCCAUUUCCUGCGUAAAAUUGGUGAAAGGGGUUCUUUUAUCUAUCCUUUUCAUUGUGUCAGGUAUGAUGGCAAAUAUUAUGUGUCAGACCGUGACAAACAUUGCGUCAAUGUGUUUGACAGUGAUGGCACUUAUCUAUAUAAAUUUGGGAAAAAGGGAGAUGGUGAUGGUAAUUUCAAUAAACCCCAUUGCUUAGCAGUGAAUAAGGCAAGAAACCUGAUGGUCUGUGAUUCUAAGAAUCACAGAAUUCAGGUAUUUGAUUUAGAUGGAAAUUUUGUGUCCAAAUUUGGAACAGAGGGCACUGGCCCAGGGCAAUUUAAUUUACCAGUCUCCUUAGCAGUCUUAAGUGAUGGAAAGAUAGUUGUCACAGACUUCUGUAACCAUCGUAUUCAGAUAUUCGAAUCAGUAUGA